CCCGUAAAAAUGUCGCCUCUAAUUCGCGUCCUCCGCCGCACCUUUUCUACAACCCCAAUCCUGCAGCUGGACAGCGUUCGAAAAGUCGCUGAUGGUCUCUACAAAGAACGCGACCUCAAGCGUCUCGUUGAAAAAUUCAAAAGAUCUUGCGAAUACAGCCGCUUCCGCAAUCGAAAUGGCAUUUAUGAAGAUAUUGUUCGCCGCCUUGCUUCAGCUGGACGUUUCCGAUGGAUCGAAGAGAUCCUAGAAGAUCAAAAGAAAUACGAAGACAUGUCCAAAGAAGGCUUUGCUGCUAGAUUAAUUCAUUUGUACGGAAAAGCAGGCAUGUUUGAGCAAGCUUACAAGGUAUUUGAUGAAAUGCCUAAGAGAGGGUUGUUGUCUUUUAAUGCUCUUAUGGGAGCUUGCGUGAAUGCCAAAAAUUUUGAUGAUGUUGACCGGUUUUUCAGGGAUUUGCCACCAAAGUUGUCGAUCGAGCCAGAUUUGGUUUCUUAUAAUACAGUUAUUAAGGCUUUUUGUGAGAUGGGUUCUUUAGAUUCUGCUAGAUUAAUGCUUGAUGAUGAGAUGGAGAAGAAGGGUGUGCAGCCAGAUGUCAUUACUUUUAACACACUUUUAGAUCAUUUCUUUAAGAAUGGAAAGCUUGAUGAUGGGGAGAAGAUAUGGGCUAAAAUGGCGGAGAAAAAUGUGGAGCCUGAUAUUAGGAGUUAUAAUUCUAAGUUGCUUGGAUUUGCAACUGAAAAGAGAAUGAAAGAGGCAGUUAACUUGGUUGAAGAAAUGAGGAGUAAAGGGGUCAAACUAGAUGUGUUUACCUUCACUUAUAUGAUUAGAGGGUUUGUUAACGACGGAAAAUUGGAAGAAGCUAAAGAUUGGUAUAGUCAAAUAGGGAAAAAUGAUUGUGCACCGGAUAAGCUGACUUUUACAAUAUUAGUCCCAUUCGUUUGUGAGAAGGGUGAUUUGAGUUUUGCCAUUGAGCUGUGCAAGGAAAUUUUUGAUAGGAAAAAAUUGGUUGAUGUUGCAUUGUUGCAGCGAGUGGUGGAUGACUUGGUCGAAGCCUCCAAGAUUGAAGAUGCAAAGGAACUCGUGAAGCUUGCCAAGGAAAAUACUUACCGUCUAUAUAAGCUGAACAUGCCUGCAGAGUAGUGCCAGGUUUUACCGAUGCUAUUCUGUUUGGUCGUUUUAGUUUAUUUGAAUAUAAAAGCAAGUAGUUUUUUACCACUUGCAGUCAGAACUACUUUCAAGUUAGA